AGCCGCUGGGGAAACACUGACAGAUUCACAGUGAAGCAGCACCGGUGUGAGGGCAGCUCACUGAAUCCCACACAGCUGCUGGAAGACUCGAUUUCUCUGUGGAGUUUAUUUAUAAUUAAAUUUUUUAUGGGUUUUUUUAUUAUUAUUACUUUUUAUUUAUACCCAGUAUAUCUUCUCUUCUUCUACUGGGCAAAAACAUGCUGUCAUGCGGGAUGAGUGUGUAGGAGGAAUAAGAAGAUUGGAGAAAGUGCGCACUCUUUAGCACUGUUCAGAAGUGCAAAAGGCUCCACACACACACACACACACACACACACACACAGGAGUUUAGGAUCAUCAUCAUCAUCAUCAUCCCUAACUCCUGCCAUGCACUCUCAGUACCAGCUCGCGCUCUUCUUCAUCCUGCUCUGCCCAGUCAACAUCAUCGGCAUGUGGUGGGCAGUGGGCAGUCCCCUGGUCAUGGAUCCUAACAGUAUCUGCAGGAAGACGAAGCGUUUGGGCAGUAAGCAGGCCGAUCUGUGUCAGAACCAUCCGGAAAUCGUGACAGAAGUGGUGAAAGGAGCGAGGCUUGGAGUGAGAGAGUGUCAGUACCAAUUCCGCUUCCGCCGCUGGAACUGUACCAGCCACAACAAGUACUUCGGAAAAAUCCUACAACAGGAUAUCCGGGAGACGGCGUUCGUGUACGCCAUCACGGCAGCCGGAGUGACUCAUGCAGUAACUCAGGCCUGCAGCAUGGGGGAGCUUCUGCAGUGUGGCUGUGAGGCUCCACCCCCUCGUCGGGCCGAAACUCCACCCAUUGUCGAUGGGGCAUGGGAUGGGGGCGGGGCCUGGGAGUGGGGCGGUUGUGGAGAUGAUGUGGAGUUUGGCUACGAGAAAUCCAAACAGUUUAUGGAUGCCAAGCGCAGGAAGGACAAGAGUGACAUCCGCACCCUCAUCGACCUGCACAACAACGAGGCUGGACGCCUGGCAGUGAAGAACUACAUGAGGACUGAAUGCAAAUGCCACGGGCUGUCGGGUUCCUGCACACUGCGUACCUGCUGGAAGAAGUUGCCUCGGUUCCGGGAAGUGGGCAAUCGUCUUCUAGAGCGCUUCAAUGGUGCAUCAAAGGUGAUGGGAGGCAAUGAUGGAAAAACAUUGAUCCCUGUUGGCCAGAACAUUAAAGCUCCAGAUAAACAGGAUCUGAUCUAUUCAGCUGAGUCGCCUGACUUCUGUCUUCCAAACAGGAAAACAGGUUCUCCAGGGACCAGGGGGAGAACCUGCAACAGCACGGCAUUGGAUGUGAGUGGGUGUGACCUGCUGUGCUGUGAGAGAGGGUAUAGAGACGAAGAAGUUGUUCUGGAAGAGAACUGCCUCUGUCGGUUCCACUGGUGUUGCGUUGUUCAGUGUAAAAAGUGUUCAGUCCGCAAGGAACUGAGCCUCUGUCACUAAGUUCUUACCUGGUGGACAACCUAGAAAUAUAUUGUCCUGUUGAUGUUCGCAGUCCCAGAUUACCUGGCUUGUCUGCUUGGGGACUGGAUCACUGAAUCCAGAACAAUGACUGUCUUGCUAUAGAACUUCAAUUGUGCACUCUCCUGACUGAAUUCCAGAUUACUGCUUCAUCAGUUGGAGAAUCUACAUCAUGCGCUGUUCCAGAACAUGAUUUAUCUGCAGAGGAUUCAUUAAAUGUGAACUGUUCUGUUGAUGGGUCUAGAUAAACCAUUCACUUGCAGGGGAAUCUAGAUCACAGAGGACCUUCUUGGAUCAUAUGCUGUAUCCAGAUGGUUCCAUUAUACUAAUUGAUCAAUUGGAGAAUCUAGAACAUAUAUAAGCUGGCUUGUGGCAGAGUAACAAUCAAACCCAGACACGUCUGCUUAAGUUCUAGACUUGCCUUUCAACAUUCUUCAAUACGACAUGUUCUGAUGGAGCUUUUCCACGCUGACUCAGCUGGUGGAUAUUUUUGAAUGCUGACUAAUUUUUAUGAACAUGGUUUUUCAAACAUGAUUUACUUUUACAAAUCCCAAUCUCCAAUGGGGACUGUUGAAGUUCCAAGUCAUUGGCUGUUCUAGUGAAAAAUCUGGACUGCUUUGUUAAAGAACUCUUAAGGUGCUGAAUCAAGAUCGCUGACGUGAUGUUCCACAACAUGGCUCACUUGCAGAAUGAUCUAAAAUGCACACUCUUCUGAAGAUGUUCUAGAGUAUUGACUUACCUAAUGGAGAUUGGAUAACAGUGACUCAGUAGGUGUAGAAUCUAGAACAUGAACUCACUUCUUGUUGUUACAGAAUGUGACUUCUGCAGAGGGAUGACCAAAGAUGGACUCUUUGCUUGAAAUUCUAGACAACACAAAAACAUCUUCUGUUUAAGUUACAAAACACAGACUCAGCAGAUGGAGCUCUAGAACCCCGAGUCUUCUAACGGAGCUUUACCAACCUGACUUAUCUAGAGGAAAAUCUAGGGGAGAAAAAUACUUGUAAAGUUCUCAAAGUCUAACUCACCAGAUGGAGAAUUUCCAGUGCUGACUGACAUUCCAAGUGGAAAUACUAGAAUCUGUACUGUUUAAAUCACUGACUCCCUUGCAGAACCUGAUUUUUUUCUCAAGAAGGUUCUGUAAUAUAACUGGGAGUAAAUAGACAUUUUAAUACUCCAAAGUUAAUACUGCACUGUUCUCCUAAGAAAGAACUUCAAAACACCAAUGUUUAUUUGUUUGAUAGUUCAUUUGCCAAAACCCUUGCAGUCCAAGUACAGUCAUCAGUGAUGAUUGGUUCUGCCAGGCAUUAAAAAAAGCAUGCAUAUGUUCCUUUGUGCAUGUUUUAAUUGAGUAAAAACAAACAUUGAGAGAUUUGUGGAGAAAAUAUUUGUUGUGGCUCUGUGAAGAAUGCGCAGCGUCAAGACAAAGAACAAAGACUUCUAUUUAUACACAAUAACAUGGCGACUACUAACAGAAUGAGAUGUUUCUGGAAUAUUUUGUCCAAAGCACUUUGAAUAUAAGAACUAUGCACAUUGUACUCAUGUUUAAUCAUUUUUUCAUGUUUAAAACAGCAAUAUGUAAACACCCCUUUAUUUUUAUAGUUUUUUUUAUUACUAUUAUAUUCUUCAGUUAUUUAAUACAUAGAGCUUUUAUUUGGCAGUGGCAUGAUGGCAGUUUUGUUUUCAAACCUUCUAUUCUUUUUUUUUAUUGAUUUUAGAUCACAUCCGUGUCAAUUAAGCAAAUCUGACACUGCUCACACUACUAUGUAUGUUUUUACUACAAAUAGAAGACAUUGGGGUGUAAAAGUUGUAUUUUGAUAUCCAACCCACGAUUGUCUAUUUGCAAGAAUUUCCAUGAGCUCCUGUUGAAAGUCAUAAAUGUUUGAAAAUUACAGUGUAUAAAAAUGAACAUAGCAUUUCUUGUAUUCAAUCCAACAAAGUCACUGCUACGUUUUCUUGAAGAGAAGGAAACUGAAUCUCGUGAAGUCAAAACAAUGUUGACGUGAGUGCAAGAGAAUCUUCAUUUACAUGACCAGGUUGAAGUGACACACAUCUGAUUUUUUGAUUGAACAUGACACUGGUCUGAUUUUUUAAAUUUUUUUUCCAGAACUGUGUGGAUGCAAAUGUCUGAUCUUUUCAAAUCAGACUUGAGCCACUUUUGUAAGUGGGCCUAGAUCGGGUACAUAUCUGACAUGUGGCCAUGCGACAUGAAUGAGAACAGUCAGACUGGGAUUCAUGUGUUUUUUUUUCCCUUGCAGAUGCACAUACUGUAUCACUGUCAGUGUCAGUGUGCAGUAUCAGCAGUGAUUAUAUCCAGCGUGAAAAUGUGGGAAUUGGUGAUUGGGUUGAUUAUUUGGAGAAAUUAAUGAAGCAAAACUGCCGGGAACUGAAACUGAAUGGUGCUCAACAAACCAAUGUGCACGUGUGGGGCAUUUCAGAGGGCAGAUGGGUUCACACUUAAGGUUAUGAACGAGGCUCAUCAGUGAACUGACAAUGAUCCAACAGGUCCGAUCUAAGACAAUGAAACUUGUGAUGAGCAUAAACUUGAAAAACAUGAUGAGUGAAGUGUUAACCUGCAAUCACAAAAAAUCACAGAACCUACAUCACGUGACAUUUAAGUUGUGACUUUUCACAUUUUACACAAUGGCUUUGGUUAAUUAAUCGGCGUAAUCCUAUAGCACAGGUUUUCAUGGAAGAAGGUGGGUUCAUUGGAACACUUGGAGAGGUUGGGGCUUGGGCCUAUAGUUUCAUUUAGAUAUUUAUUUAAAGCUCUGAAAAAGCCUGGUUAACCUUGCCAAUAAGGAAUUUACCAAUUGUCAUUUAAUUGCACUGUAAAUGUCAUACAAUUUUUAGCCAUCCAUAUAACCUAAUUAACGUGACAAAGUAUAUUAAAGAUAAUAAUGGACUUGCACCUAUUCAGAGAGAAAUGUAUUCUUUUGGUUUGCUAGCUAGUUGGUUUGGGUUGCACAUAAUUAAACAAUGAAACAAAAAAAGAGAGUAAAAAAUCAUUGCCUGAGUGGCAUUUAGGGCUGAAAACAUCCUCAUGAAACUCAUAGACAUUGCUCAGAAAAGGGUAAAUAGACCUUUUAGCAAGUGUGUAUAGGUUUCACAAAAAUCACCCAAGCAUGGAGAACAUGGAGCCGGUGCUCAAUAAAUGAUUAGAUACCUACAGUGUCCUCUGAACGUAUUGCAAAAGUAAUGCCAAUUCUUUUGAUUUUGCUGUAAACUGAAGACAUUUGGGUUUAAGAUAUAUAUCAGACUAUAGAUCAGAAUUUCAGUUUUCAUUUCCUGAUAUUUACAUCUA